AUGACACAGACAAUUUACUCUCUGUCUUUGUUUCUUCGCUCGCAGAGCAAAGCCUUUGACGGUCUCGUCGAAAACCGAACACUGGCGACGAAGCCAAUAAUUGACGCAAAGGAUAUGACUCGGCGCAAGCAACGGAUAAUGGAUCAGCGUUGGGACAUGGCUAUUCGGCUGGGGAAGGUGCCCCACUUGGCGGACAUAUCAAAAAGGCCUGACAGAAAUACGUACGGAGUCAACGGAAUUUCUAUAUUUUCGCCAUUUUGUCCCGAGCGUUGUCUUCCAGUGAGUUUUCUGUGAGCGUACUUGGCCUUUCCUUAUUUGAAGACUAUUUGGUUUAUAAAAUGAUUAAAAAGUAAGGCUAUAUGCGAACACAAAAAUAGCAUCAGAGAUAGAAACGAGUCAGUAUGCGAAGGCAAUGAACUCAUAGGCGUCCCUACUUGCCUUUUUUAAAAAAGGACUGCAAUAUCCAAUGUCAAACCACAUUUUCGAAAAUAAUGCGGUUAGUAUCUCAUAAGACAAGCUAUAUAUUGCAUAUAUAUGCAUAUAUGUAUAUGGCAUUUGGCGAGGCAUUGAUGAACUUCGAUUCGACGAAGUGCUUAUGAUCCAUCUGGUAGACCCCAGUGGUGGACAAACUACGCUAGGUGUGUCAAUGCGCACGUUUGUGUUUCUGGUCUCAGCUGCUGGUCAUAGUUAUGAAUGGCUGAAUGAAGGCAGAAUAAGUCCGAAAUAAUACUGUAUCAAUCUACCCACGUUCUCUGUCGUCCCUCCUCGAUAAUAUUACGACUUGACCGCCUUCGGCCUGGUAGUUUAUAGCCUGUUCUUGACGUUUACCACCUAUACGGAGCUUGUUUACUUCGGGAAGCCAAUAAAUCGGUGUGCGCCCAUUCUUGAUUGAUUAUGUAUGUCCCGGAGACCUAACUCCAUGUCCUGCACUGAAUAAUUUCUGAAAUUAUUCACGUGAUUAUUCUCUGAAUUUCAUGUGCUAGAAACCGCAUAGGGAACGCUGGGGGAAGCCGGACCCCUCGCAGCUGUGUCUCACGCAGAUUUAGAAUGGCGGCGAAACACGUGUCUGGACUUUUAGCUAAUAUCUCUGUCUUCAGUACGGUAUAAUACCUUCUGGGCUUGCACCUUCGAUUCCAGGUUGUGCUUAUUCCAUUGCCCUACGAGUGUCAAUCUAGGGCCCUUGCAGGCAGUCUGGCAGCGACCAGAAGUACAUACUGAUGAAAUGUAUCGACAGGGACGCAAUAGGCUGGGAAACAAUAGGGGAUACGGGGCAGUUUGUCACCUAAAUGUACGUGCAUUUCUCAACCUCUGUGCACAACAAGGCGUCUAGUGUGAUAGAAGAGAUUAAAAAUCUUGUUUCUAGAAAUCACACUGUGAAUAAAAUCCAAGUAAAACCCCUGACUACUAUAUUUAACCCUGCAAUUGUCAUUAGACUGUGAGCUCCGGGUGACUGAAUGUCUCCAGCCGGUCGCUCUCCGUCCACUUAUGCUACAUCGUGUCUGUUGUUAUGGAACACUCUGCGUAAUAAUAAUUUGUUGGCAUUUGGCCAGAACUCAAAGUCAACUGAAACAUGCCGUUCUUGCCGAACCUCUUUGAGGGCGUACUUCUUUCAGAAGAAUCUGGGGUGUAUAUCCGGUGAUCUGACAAGAGAUCGACUGUCAUGCCCGACCAUGUUCAGCGUGUGCUCCACUGAUAGAUGAGAGCGGGCACGGUGACUUGCGCAUGAAUUAGUUUAUAGUGAGAGUAGCUUGCGCAUUUCCCAUCGCACUCUCUCCUCCCCACCUGGGCCCAGUACAAAGACAUAGUCAAGAAGACCAGAAGGGGGAGAGCGCCUGUGGCUGGAACGGCCGGGCCCGCACUUAGGCGUACCACCACACCCCCUGGUCCACAACAAAAACUGGACCAGGAUCUUAAUCAGCAACAAGAGCACCACAACGGGUCAGGGAAACACGGAUGUCUGGGCCACCACGCACGUUACCGGUAUACCCAGCGAGAACCCAAACGCAUCUACCGCAGGGGACCAGAAGUCAGAGAAUUGCCAGUGCAUACCAGGCUGCGAAGGCUGUGGUUUGCUGAUCCUGGUAUAUCAGACGCUUACAGGCAUUUAAAACCGUUCAUCAAGAAAGUAUAAGGGUCACCCUUAUCCAGAUUUCAGUCAACACAUUUUUCACUGUUAGGUAUUGCGUGACAUUCAAUUCGCCAGUUGGCAGACUGCUCUAAUCCCACAGGAUGCAGUAAUACGCAACUUAGGGUGGCAGGUUAACUUCCUCUCAGAAUCACGUUUCCGCAGUUCUGUUCGAGGGUUCCAGCGGCCACAGCUCAUUGGCGUACUUUUCACACGCCAAUGGGCCAUCAGUUUUGACAUCAGUGGACUUUAUACUGAACUUCGGCAGAUGGAACCCUCAUAGUUUCUUCAUGGCACAACGACGGGUCGACUAACUUCCAGGCCAAGGCUGCGAGAUGUUGCGAAGCAGUGUGCCUCUAAUUAGACGCUUACGUCAUGCUACCUUUUGGAGCUUUGACAGCCAGAAACUUCUGAUUUAUAAGUGACAACAGAAAAAUGCCCCUUUCUACCUGUGUACGUGCAUAAAUAAAACGCAUUGUCAUGCCGAUUCCAUCGUGCCUGCAAAUCCAGAAGGUGCCUGUGAACUAGGAUUUCUGCCCAACUACUGAGGGAUUUUUGCCGUCAAAACGCAUCAUACCGACGCUCUUUGCAAGCAAAAACUCAAGCAUCUUCAAGGAUGAAUGUGCGUACCUUGAACCUCAAAAAAUCAUAGCACGCAUGAGAAGAUGACUUUAUCUUUGCAUGAAGAGGGCAAUUUUUGGUCAAUCCACCGGACCGCAUUCCCAAGGCCCCAAGUCUGAUAUGGAGAAAUAAUUGUAAUGUGAGGUGAUACUACGAUAACUAUUUUCAGCCUACCUGUCGUCAUCCAACCAAAGCCAAACCUACACGUCUACUUCGCCUUUGCUGAUAGCACCUUAGAUUACUAGCUGCACGUCUGUUUCAUUCCACCAAUGAGGGUAUAUUCGCAAACGUGUAUAACAAGGAUUGAUUUCGAAAAAAUCCGAGUAAAAGCACAUAUGUGGUCACAAUGCACUAGCCUAAAAGAACCAAGCCUCUUUUUGUGGACACUAAAAACUCUGAAACGGUUGGCAAUCAAGUCAAGCUAGGUACUUCACAAACAGGCCGGAAAGAGAAUCAAAUGUUGCAGGAAACGUGACAGAAGAGCAUCUCGCAGACGUUUCUGCCGUACUAGGAAGGCCGACUGACUACCAUUUGCGAUCUCAAGGAGCUGUCACGGGCUGUCGUAGUUUUUGUCACGGACUGUUUACCUCGAACACACUUAGAAUUACAAAUUCAGUUGGCCAUCGAGCGUAGACUACGCCCUUGAAGCUGCACUGUAUUCUGAGACUGUGGUUCGUGAAUUCGGUCAACUUCAGCACAGAAAUUUGACAUUAUCUGGUUUAUCGCUCUGGAUCUGCUGGACGAUGGACUAGCCGUCGUGUGCUCCACCUCAGUAACCGAUAACUCCAUGCGGUUAGGUCUAUACAUAGGCAGGAAAAAUAUCACCCUACCUUAGGGGCGUUCGGACGGUUGCUGGCAGGUCACCUGAUCUGACGAAUAGAAAUAUCUGUCGUGUGCAAACUGGCGUCGAUAUGAACUCGUUGUAACAUCUGAGGCUCGGACCCACGACCGGUUGGUUAAAAUUCCAACGCUCAAAUACUGAGCCACAGGCUCGCUGUCUUGUCAGUUGCGGUCUGGUUUAUUGACAAUGGCAGAGGAGCACUUACCGCUUGCGUCGGGGUUAAGUGCAGUAGGUGGGCUAACUCAUAGAAUGGCAACCGAAAUUCUGAAAUGGGAGGGUUGUUAAACUUACAUCAUGCAGCAUAAUUCUAUAAUAACUCAGUUAACUAAGGAUGCCGGCUUUAGAACAAAUGUGUUUCCGACUGCAUGCAAAAACCAUGCUCUGUAAAAAAUAACUGCCUAAGUUGAAUAUAUUUUUCUUGUUGAUUUUCAAUGACCCUCAAAAUCCAAUUAUAUUUAAUGAAAAACAUGCAUAACAUAUUCAUUCACUUACUCAUUCGGUAGAAAAUUAUGUCCUCCUCCAAUUUCAUACUCGAAGAAAGGGUAUAUUUCGGUUUUAGAAAGAUUCUAAUUGUGAGACUUUUAAUACUGUGAAAUGGCCGGUCAUAAAACGCCACGUCUCUGCAUUUACCAAUGUGUCUUGUAAAGGUAACAAUAUGCCUCAAAUCCACUGUUAAAUUUUAUGAACCCCAUAUGGGUUCCUGUUAGUGCCGUAGAUAAAUAUAUGGUUUUCCAUACGCGGAAGAUAUAAGGCUUGUAGUUUGGGAAUCCGAAUGCAAGUGUAACGGCGGGUCGGGGUGCAAAAUUAUUCGGGAAUUAAAAAAGUUUUUGAAACCGAAUUAAACCCUUCUUUCGAGUGUAAAAUUGAAAGAAGACGUAAUUUCUACCGACUGGGCAAGAGAAUGAAUACUUUAAGCAUGUUUUCCAUGAAAUAUAGUUGUAUUUUUGAGAGCAUCGAAAAUCAACGAGGAAAUUGCAUGCUACUUAAGUAGUCCGUUUUUACAGUGUGAUUUUACAUGCAGUCGGAAUGAAGUUCGUUCGAAACUCGGCAUCCUGAGGUAACUGAAUUAUUAUAGAAUUAGGCUGCAUGAUGAUUAGUUUUACAACCUUCCUUAAGUAAUUUUUUCGAAACGAAAACCCAUUUCGGUACUCCGGUUUACAUUUCCUGAGUUGGCCCACCUACUGUAUGGCUGAAUGAUGACAAGUAAUAAGCUAGAUGUGGUCAUUCCAGUCCCCCAUGUCUUUGUCCGCAACGGUUAUUCGGUCUAUGAUACUAGCCGCCUAGCGGCUGCUGGUAGGCCUCGAGAUUGACCUCUAAGGCACAAGGGGAAGUGUAUGUCCCGUAACGCGAUCAGUGAACGCCCCCCUCUACCAACCCUGCAAUACGUCCUAGCAUGGGCAUGGCGCUAAGUCAACGGCCCCGCCCUAACUAACCGCCCCUUGUCACCAUACAUGCCUAUUAGUGGAGCACAGCUGUGAGCGGUGAGAGUGAACAAGUAGGGGAAAAACGAAACGUCUUAUUUGGAAACAGACUUCGGUAGCUCCAUUGAGGAACUGUUUACCAGUCGGCGUGGUUAAAACGGGAAGAGCAAAAUGUCACAAAAACGCGGCUGACAGCGUAAUAAAAAGCAUGUGCUUGUAAGAACAACCAGUUGAAUUUUAGUUUUGAUGCUCCAGUCUUAUUACACGGGAAGCCCUAUCAGGGAUUGUAUGAUCGAUAGUCAAAAGCAGGCAUAAGUGCGACGAAAAUCAGGGCGAAGUGGAUGCAGCGAAUUCGCAGUAGUUAUACCAGAUGGAACACAAGAUAUGAGUAAUACCUAAAAAACUUUAAUCAGCUAAAGAGCGCACGAGAGGUAUCCCUUACGCUGAAGGCGUUCUUUUUUCAUAAAUUGGAAGAAGCCAGGAGCGUAGUAAAAGAGGAGGGAAAGGAUGCAAACAUCUAAGGAUUGCCUAACUGAGGCCCGCGGGGUGUGGUGGGAGUGUAAGCAUCGAGUUUCCGAAUCUUGUUAAAAAGGCGUUCGACUUGAACAGAUCGUAAGGGAUUAGAAGACGGAUCUACAUCCAAAGUAUUCGAGUGAUGAAACUUCGUUGGGAAAUGUCAGUAAACCCAGAAUGGGGGGUUUAGUGCAGAAUAAUACAUGAUAAAAGCAAACUCUAGCCCGAUGUUUGGUGCGAAGGGCUAGAAUGUUUGCUAAGCGGACAACAUCGAGCGGAAGCCUAGAAAAAUCCAUGAUUGUUUCAAGAAAACAGGUAUCCUGACAGGUUUAUUGCAACGAAGGUUUCCGAGAAACUGGAAUAAACACACCGUACUGACUGCCGAGAAGAAAGCGCUGUUCCUCAAAGUCCAUUUUCAAGAGGACGAUGCGAGUGAACUCCUAAGAAGUCGCCUUAAUCAAACUGUUCCAUGAACCUCUCUAGCAGCAAAGGCUCGAAUAUUUUUCCCACUAGGCCCAUUUUAUGCGGAGAAGGUAAGGAUAGGUUGUUAUCCCAGUGUGCACCUCGGUGCGCAUCUACCUCUUCACUUGCUCCUUGGAGCAGGUUAUUUCGGUCGCACGAAUCGACGCCUAUCCAAGAAAAUACAACCAAACCCCCAGCAUGGCUGGAAAAAGGCAAAACUAGGCGUAUAAACAGCGCUAUUCUCGUACUCGUUGUUGAUUCUGGGCAUCGUGUGGACCCCAGAGAAGCUUUUUGCGUGGUGGCUACGAAAGGAUGUAGGACCCACAACUAACUUGAGUUGGUCUGUGGAUUAUGUCAUACGGUGAAUGGUAGUGGAGGGGGAUUUACGGGCCGGGCAACACGCAGGAUGGAGUGGAAGAAGACACGGAGAAUAGAUAAAGUUCUGCCGAAAAUCUUAUCGUUCGCUAUCAUCUGGCAAAGAAAAUGAGCGCGAUAGUUAAAAAUUAAACAAAAAGCAAUUUUUAAAAAAAUAACGGACUUUAAACAAAGCGCCGCUAAUAAGUUCGCAUUCGAAGGGAGAGAAAUUUCAAAGGGAACGGUGAAUAAUAGGUGAUGUUAGCAAUCACACUGAAUUUUAGAGUAUAUUUUUGCAGGUUUCAUCUGCUUGUGGGUCCUAUACCCUCGUAACCCGCGUGAUGUAUAAGGUCCCAUCGAUCUGCCCUAAGCUACUGGACCAGCGUCUGUUAGCAACACCGGAAGCGACCGCACUCAGGUUACGAAAGCCGACCAUGUACACUCGGAAGAAUCUCGUUCAGGCUCCGCGCUUACCGUGGUGCAAGUACACUAAGUGCAUGCAGCUCUCUUCGAACCCUUCCGUUCUCACCCUCCACUGGAAUGAUUCAUAUCCCACCCCCCCUCCCAUAUUUUGUGUUUUAAGACGUACGUUAAUCGAUUCCUCUAAUCACUGAGGUGUUUUCGCUUCUACCCCUGUCCUAUAUAAGUGUACUGGCACGACGUGAAUUCAUCGGACACAAGCGUGCGUUCGCCAACUAGUCUUCUGAAUACUAAAUCGUCCUUCAGCUGUUAAGUAGACGACUACCCUCUGGUCACCAUAUUGUCGUCUGGUCCGAGUUUUCCUUCAGGAAGUUGUACAUCAAAACCCACUUUUGAUCGGAGACGAGGGCUAAUGCCAUCGGUACGUUUAACGCGUAAGAUGGUACCGCUAAAUAUCCCAAGAUUAUUGGAAAAGGUGCAGACCCAUGGUCACCAGUCUAAAAAGUGAAUUCAGCAAAGAAAACCCAUCUGAGAGAGCCCAACUCAGGUGUUUUCUUAAGAAACAGUAGGAAGAACGGAAGAAUGGGCAAGGAAUGUACAUACGCGUGUGGAACAACUCUUGUCUGCUGGAGCAAAGUGAAUCACCAGAGGAGCGGCCUCCAAGGUAGUAGGCUAAGCUUUCCAGUAAACUCAAAGAUAUGAUGGACAACUGAUUGCACAGCAGGAAUUUUGAAAAAGGGGCCGUUUGAACACCACGAGCAUUUAUUGAAUGAUGUUUCAUUCUCAAGUAGUUCCAUUUUCAAUUUUUUGAAAUAAUUCGCUUCUUUGUAACAUACAGGGAGUUCAAAGGUUCGACAUCUACGUCACCCUGAGAUAAACUGAACCGAAUUUAAUAAGAAAUGUGAAAAUGAGUGAAAGCUGAGCAGAGCAGGUCUUAAGGGGAAGAGAAUAGACACUGCUAUUACCGGCAACUGUUAAGUCACGGAUCCCUGCAGGUACUUCUGGCUAGGUUUGGUUCUACAGUCCCAAUGGAUUGAUACCAUAUGGUUAGCUUAUUAAAACAAUAUUAGUUAAUAUACCUAACUUAUUAAUUCGCGGGUAAAGAGAGCGCAAGUAGAGCUUAGAGCCCGCACAGGGAAGCUAGUGGAGGUGGUGUGUACAUACUCCCCCGAUACAACCCCGCGGAUUAAGGGGAUACGGGGGGGGGCGCAAUCACAACUAGAAGGCCACGGAAGGAACCGCAUGAUAAUUCGCGGUUCAUGGUCGCUGUAGUUCCACACUAUCCAGACAAUUCCAUUAUCAAGUCUACUUGACCACUCGCCGGGCUAAGAUAAUAAAGAGGGCGCAAGCAGGGAACACACAGGGAAGCGCGUGUGAACUGAUACGUGAAGUAACCGAAGCUAGCGUAUAAUUACUCCUCCACCCGUGGCACUGUCACUCGCUGGAUUAAAAUGGUCAACAAGAUGCAAGUAGGUGAUGGUUGUAAAGUCAGCUUAUUCACAUCUGUCAAAGCUUUUUUAGAAAGCUUACCGUAUGGUAUCACUCAGGUGGGGCUUCAGAACCAAACCUCGCCGUACUUCUCGAAUACAGUCACUGACAGUGGAAAGAAAAUGCCUAGUUUGAAGAGAAUCGGCAACUUUACUGUAAAUCUAAUGACCUUAUUUCGCAGGUGAAAUUAAGACUGCACAAGUCAGUGUUAUUUAUUGGCCGGUGAGGCGUUUAUGGUUUCUCCAAAUCUCGGUGAAGAGAGGGAGAUGGGGAAAAAUGACUGACACAUAAGGAAUUCAGUCUAUUUGUAUAAAACUUUCAACUUCCAUGCUGUUGCGCAAGUUUGGCAUGCUGUGACCAUCUUCCCGUCAAACUAGAAGUUUAAUUUGGAUAAAAUAAAUUAACCCGACUGUGGCCAGAACAGUCUCGGGCAGAUAACGGGGGCCAAUACUGCGUUUGAAAUCGUUGGAAGGUAGGUAGGUCACGAGUGAAUGUUCGAGAGUUUAGGAACAGCAAGGCUGAAACAGGCAAUAUAAUUCUAAAAUCAAGCGAAUAUUUUGGGGAAGCCGAUUUUUUUCCUCCUGCUUGCUUAGUAAUAAAGUAUUUUUUUGAAAGACAUGUUAAUGAGGCUCUUUUUCAACGUAAAAGACCCUUGACAAUUAGGUAGAGCAUUGUUGGGUGGGGUAUCGUGUCGGGUUUUGAGAUAAAUUUAAAUCCUCGAGACAUGAAGGAAUCAGGGUGCGGCAGUGUGCCGGAAUAGGCACUCCCGCGUGCUAUGGGUGGGCUUGCGCCAAAUUUGAGGAGGGGGGCUUACGGUGAGGGUGAGGGUUAGGACACGGAAAAACGUACCCUCUGUGACUUGGCGCCAGGCCACCUGUAGAACUGUCUUGUUCUUACGUUCAUCCGCCGUGCACACAGAUCCAUUAGAUUUAUCCUGUCAUACACAACGAAUAGGAAUGUUGACCUAGGCUGCGGUAACGGCAAUUUCGCAGAUACAGGUGACCGGCACCUUCAUUUCUCUUCAACUUCCAUGCCUUCUCUCGUGCCAAAGGACCCCGCCAUCUUCGUGCCGCCGGAUGAAAUUACCGAUGAGGAGGUUGAGCUCUACCAAAUGACUGAGGAGGACAUGGAAAUGCUCACAAGACUCAUUGCCUUGGAACAGGAAAUGAUGCUCAGUCCAAAGGCCGCAAACCUGCCAAUCACGUAUCACGCGGCUGACGUACUUGCUCGGUGA